UAUAUUUCUACUGCUUAAUCUGCUAAAACCUUGUGAGCUUGAGGCUUCCUUUCUCCCUAAGCCUAGAGCUUUUCUGUUGCACCCAAUCUAUCAAACUCCAGUUCAAAGUAGUGUACCUGAUUUUUCUUUACUUUGAUUAAUAGAAAACGUAAAAAGCAGAACUAGUACAAGCAGAUUCUCGUUAGACUCAAGAAAUUGAGGACAGUUUUGAGUUGCAAAAAUUGCAUACUCACUGGAUCCAGCGGGCAGACAGAAAGCAAGGAGAAAGAGAUGCUCCAGAAUUUUCCAGCUGUGACAUAUAGUCCAUGGCAGCCAUCUCAAAAUGAUUCCUACUUCAAGUCUUUGCCAUGUGCUUCUCCCGGCAUGGUUGUAUAUAAGAAGUCGCAACAACGGCCUUAUUUGCUUACUCUAAAGUUUGAUCGUAGAUAUCAUGCUACUGGUCCAAGAAGACAAGCAACCAUUUUUUGUACUGAUAGGAGGCAUCCCCAAGGUCGAAACUCUAAGAAACGUGAAGCUGUGCAGCAGAAUGUGGAUCUUCCCCCAGUCCUGCCCAAGAAAAAGAAGAAGCCCUAUCCCAUGCCUCUCAAGAAAAUUCAGCAGGCUUCUAGGGCUGAUAAGAAGCUAGCAGAAAUGGGAAUAGAAAAGAAGCUUGAACCCCCUAAAAAUGGUUUGCUUGUGCCUGACUUAAUUCCGGUGGCUUAUGAAGUAUUAGAUGCUUGGAAACUUUUGAUUAAAGGACUUGCACAGCUUCUCCACUAUGUUCCUGUCCAUGCUUGUAGUGAAUGCUCAGAAAUCCAUGUUGCUCAAAGUGGUCACGACAUUCAGGAUUGCCUUGGCACGACCAACAGUAGUCGCAGAAGCUUCCACUCAUGGGUGAAGGGUUCGAUUAAUGAUGUGCUAAUUCCUAUCGAGUCUUACCAUAUGUAUGAUCCUUUUGGCACACGCAUUAAGCAUGAGACACGAUUCAACUAUGACAGAAUUCCUGCAGUUGUAGAACUUUGCAUCCAAGCUGGCGUGGAUCUGCCGGGAUAUCCUUCGCGGAGAAGGACUAAACCCAUCAGAAUGAUAGGAAAAAAAGUGAUCGACAUAGGUGGAUUAGUUGAGGAGCAUAGACCCUCUGUAGACACAAGUUCAGUAAUUAUGGACCUUGACACCCAUCGGUCUUUUGAACGGUUUGCUCCACCAUUGGAGUCAGAGGUGCCACGUAUUGCCCAGGAGACAAUUGACGCGUAUGAGAAAGUGAAAUGGGGGGUGACUAGGUUGAUGAAGAAGUACACUGUCAAAGCUUGCGGGUACUGUUCAGAGGUCCAUGUGGGGCCGUGCGGUCACAAUGCUAAGCUCUGUGGCGAAUUUAAACACCAAUGGAGGGAUGGAAAACAUGGCUGGCAAGAUGCAACAGUGGAUGAGGUAUUUCCCCCAAAUUAUGUGUGGCAUGUUCGAGAUCCAAAAGGAACCCCUUUGAGGAGUGCACUAAAGAGGUUCUAUGGGAAGGCUCCAGCUGUGGUUGAAGUUUGUAUGCAGGCUGGUGCUCAAAUACCUCACAAGUAUAAGCCUAUGAUGAGGCUAGACAUUGUGCUUCCGGAGAGUGAAGAGAGUCGCCUAGCCGUGUAAGAUUCCUAACUGUUAUACAGGGCCUAAUGUUUGCAGUGCUUGCUAUAUUUAGAUGUAUCUGGACCAAAAUAGAACAGUCACGAUAUUGCUGGAUCGGUUGAGUAACUAGGGAGGUUGCAUUCUGUGUUUUGCGUUUGUAAAGUGAGGAUCAUGGCACCCAUUUCAACUUGGAAUAUCAAUGUCCACAUGAUAUAAUUCAUAUAUUGUCUAUGUUUAAUCUCCGUUA